AUGGAGGAGCAUGAUUCAGUUGUGGCUGUUAUAGCUGAGCGAGUACAACAGUUCCAUCGGGAUCAAAAGCCCUUCAGGUGCUACCAUGGUAGCACGAACAGCACGCGCACGUCAAACCGGCGGGUUGAUAACACGGUUGACACCAGCAAACUGGCCAACGUCCUCACUAUAGACACAAACAACAAGACCGCUUUGGUGGAACCCAAUGUGCCGAUGGAUGCCCUUGUUGACGCAACGCUAAAGGCGCAGCUCAUACCCCUCGUCGUCAUGGAAUUCCCCGGCAUAACAGUUGGAGGCGGCUUCAGCGGAUCAGCGGGAGAAAGCAGCUCAUUUCGACACGGCCCCUUCGAUUCCAUUAUCAACUGGAUUGAGAUCGUUAUACCAAGCGGCGACGUCAUGAGAGCUUCUAAGACCCAACACACCGACUUGUUCUGGGGCGCGGCCUCGGGAUUCGGCACGCUCGGGGUCGUAACGCUCUUGGAGGUGCAGUUGAAGGAAGCGAAGAAGUAUGUCGAUAUCUCGUAUGUCCGGGCUAAGAGCCUCCGUACGGCAACAGAUGGGAUGGCGAAAUUGGUUGAAGAGGAGGUUAAACGUCCCGGGUCCAUUGAUUUCAUCGAUGGCAUCGUCUUCUCGCCAUCGUUCGCAGUCGUCAUGGCAGGUCGUCUCGUCGAUGAACUGCCCCACGGACAAACGCCGGUUACCUUCACGAAGCGGAACGACCUAUGGUUCUACUUGCAUGUCAAACAGAAGAUGAAACAUGUGGCUGGAGAGCUCAAUGAUUUCAUUCCUCUGGUGGACUAUCUCUUCCGUUACGACAGAGGCGGGUUCUGGGUCGCUCGAUAUGCUUUUCGGUACUUUUGCACGCCCUUCAAAACUAUCACUCGGAGCUGGCUGGAUAGGUUCAUGCAUACUCGCGUUAUGUAUCACGCUUUACACCAGAGCAAACUAGCCGAGCAAUAUAUCAUUCAGGAUGUCGGUGUCCCAGAAGACAAGGUCGCAGAUAUCUGCAUGUGGCUGUACGAAAACUUGAGGACGUACCCUCUAUGGUUGUGUCCACUCCGGGUCCGCCGCGACAGCCCAGACUCGGCACACGGCCUACACGCAGGAUUUGGCAACACAGAAACGCAACCGUAUCUCAUCAAUUUCGGUGUUUGGAGGCCCGGGUCGAGGAAUCGUGAGAAAUUCAUACGCCAGAAUCGAGAACUCGAAAACAAGGUCCACGAGCUUGGCGGGAAGAAAUGGCUGUAUGCGUAUGCAUACUACACGGAGGAAGAGUUCUGGAAUAUUUAUGAUCGGGCGUCGUAUGAUGCUUUGCGAGCGAAGUAUUCGGCGACGUAUCUUCCCAGUGUAUAUGAUAAGGUCAAGGUAGAUCUUGGCUCAAAUGGCCGAGCUACAAGGCCCUGUUGGGGCAUACGUCCUUUUCAGGGACUAUACGGUGUCUGGAGAGCAUGUUGGGGUGGUGACUACCUACUUGCGAAGACAGGAACAACGCCGAGAGCACCGAAGAAUGAGUGA